AUGGCCGGCGGCGGACAGAAUCUUCGUACCAUCUUGAGUGGGUCAGAGGCUGCCAUCUUCGACCUCAUCUUCGGCACGACUUCGAUACAGCAGUGGGCAGAGUGGCUUCGGACUCCGUUGGAGCAUGCUGUGGCUGAGGGCGACAUGGAUCUCGUUGUGAAGCUCGCCCAAGCUGGGGCAAGUAGAAGUGCUGUGCAUUUGGCUGUGAGGCAAGGCCACGAAGCGGUUGUCGCGGAGCUGCUGAGGCUGGGAGCAUCGCCAAGUGAGCCGGACGAGAGUGGCGAUACUCCUCUCCAUAUCGCUGCCAGCCAAGGCCAUGACAGCAUUCUUGCGCUACUUCUACUCCAGAAGGCUGGCGUUGAUGUGCUUGAUGGCAAAGGUCGUACGCCUCUCCAUCUAGCAGCUGAAUGCGGCUCUCUUGCUGCUGUCGAAGCUCUUGUUUCUGCCAACGCGGAUCAUACCGUCCGCUUCGGCGAUGAAGAGAAAUCAGCAAUGGAUUGUGCAGUAUGCUUCGGGCAUGUGCACAUCAUGCGCGCGCUGAUACAACACGGAGUUGGCGUGAAUGAUGCUGGCGCUACCAGCAUAACUCCCUUACACAUUGCUGCCGAUCGAGCGCUCCUUCCCGCGAUCCAGGUGCUUGUGGAGGCAGGGGCCAACGUCGGGGCCGAGGAACAGGGAAAGUGCACGCCCUUACAUUUGGCGGCUAGGUCUGCCUCAGCCGAUGCUGUGGUUGCCCUGUUGAGGCAAGGGGCGGACGCAAACAAGCUGAACGGUGAUGGACUCUCCUCUCUCCACAUGGCUGCCAAGGAUAACGCCGCUGCCACGGUACACGCACUCCUAGCCGGCGGUACUCAGCCAAACCUUCGCGCAGGCACGGGUGACAACACGGGUCUCACCGCUCUGCAUAUGGCCGUCUCCAACGAGCACGCCGGUGUGAUCGACGCGCUCGUAGAGGCUGGUGCUGACGUUGACGUCCAGGGAGGCGAAACGUGUGAGACGCCGUUGCAUUUGGCGACCAAGCUGGGGUCAUCCGAAGCAGUGGCCUCUCUCUUGAAGCACGAAGCUGACGCGAACAAGCUGAAUGGCGAUCAGUACUCUGCUCUUCACCUGGCUGCCGAGAGCGGUAGCGCUGCCAUCGUUCAUGUACUCCUGGCCGCAGGUGCUCAGCUAAACCUUCGUGGAGGCGAAGAUGGGAAGACCGCGUUGGACCUAGCCGCUGCGGGUGGGCAUGCUGAGACCGCGACAGCUUUAGUCCAGCAUCGACCGAGCCUAAAUGCGACGGACAAGCUUGGCCGUGCUGCCCUGCACUCUGCUGCCUCCAACAACCACGUGGCGGUCAUCGAUGUGCUUGCCGCCGCCGGGGCUCGAAUCGAUGCGAGGGACCAGCAGGGUUUGACGCCCCUGCAUUCCGCAUCGCAGGAAGGGUGCGCUGAAGCUAUCGCAACGCUCAUGAAGCACGGGGCCGGCGGCAACCAUGUCAACGCCGACGGCGAAUCUCCUCUCCACCUUGUAGUACGAAGAGACGACGUCGCUGCUGCAACCGCCCUCUUGGUCGGGGGCGCGAAUCCCAACCUUGAUAGCGAGGAUGAUGUUUUUUCUCCUUUGCACCUGGCUAUUACUGUCAUUGGACAUCGACAUGUGUUGCAGGUGUUACUUCAGCACGGAGCGGACGUGAACCGAUCCCGCACAGCUGGUGCUACCUUGUUGCACACAGCUGCCAACAAGAAAAAUGUCGGCGUAGUUGAAGCACUCAUCGCCGCCGGGGCCGACCUGGAGGCGGAGGAUACAGACGGCGGUACACCUCUUCAUCAAGCUCUCCGCUCGGGGUCCUUCGAAGUCGUCCAAGCCCUGUUGAAACACGGCGCCGAUCAAACCAAGCGGACGUCGAGCAACCGAGGGCUCCUUCACGAGGCCGCCGAAGGAGGCAGCGUUUCCUGCGUGGAAGCACUUCUCGCCGGUGGUGCCGACAUCGCUCUUCGUGACGACGUGGGGCGUACGGCGCUGCACGUGGCUGCGUCUCGUUCCGGCCAGGUCGUGGAAAAGCUGCUCCAUCACGGCGCGGACACAGAGUCUCGAGAUACGAGUAAUCGCACCGCGCUACACGAGGCCGCCAUGUCCUGCGACGGAUACCUCUCGAUCAACGCCCUUGUUGACGGGGGUGCUGCCAUCGAGGCCCGGGACGACGAAGGUAGAACCCCCCUUCAUCUCGCUUCUGCGUCCCACAGUUGCACAGGCAUGAAGGCCCUUCUUCGGAGCGGUGCUGAUAUCCGUGCGAGAGACAAGGAUGGACGCUCACCGCUACACCUUGCAGUGGAUGAAGGGUACUACGCCACCGACGUUCGCUCGCCUGUGGACCUACUACUGAGAUGGGGGGCAGAUGAAACCGCCAAAGAUGACGGCGGCCAAGACGAUGACGACGACGACGACGACGAUGGGCCAAACGUCGGCAACAGCCCGGCAGAGCUUUGGGAGUAUCGCGUUAAGGUCACGUGCAGCACGUACGGAGUCGCGGCUCCCGUUCAAAAGCUUUUGGAUGACGCCCAGAAAGACAGGACGUGGCGGCGACGUGGCUGGCUUGUCAUGUGCCGUGCUUUCCCGGACAGGGUGCGGCUGAGAGCCGAUACCGAACGAUCGAACGCUAAAACGGGAAGAGAUGUUCGGGUGCGGGGCGUUCCAGCGGCAGGAUCGGAUGGUGUACUUGCCGUUACGAAGCACGGGCGGACCGCUGGAGGCUUCAACGAUGUAGUGGCGAGGUCGCUGGGCUUCGAAGGAGGUGUUUUCCGGAACAUCGUUACGUUCCUGUGA